CUUUUACCCACAACUUGACAAACUCACCUUCAUCGACAACCUCAUAGCUUUGAUUCUCACGCAGCAACACCGCAACCAUGCCCGUCCCCAUCCUUAGCGAACCUCCCGGCAAGCCCGACUCCAGCUAUGUCAUCCCCGUCUUCGGCGGUGAACUCUGGACAAUCCCCACCUCCAACAGCGUAAUGCGCAUGCUCGUCACCGAAAAAGAAUCAAAAGGCGACUUCGCCGUCGUCUCCACCGGCGGUCAACAAGACAACCCAAUCGGCUUCCACUACCACCGCGAAGCCCACGAUGUCUUCCUCUGCUUGAAGGGCAGCAUGAACGUCUGGGCCAACGAUGCCGCUCGCACUUUGCUCCCUGGCGAUUUCGCUUCCGUGCCUCCGAAUGUGGUGCAUCAGUAUCAGAUCCUGGGUUCGCAUACCGAGUUUGCCGGUCUCAUCGUUCCUGGAGGUUGGGAGGAGUUCUUCAGAUUCAUCGGAGAGCCUUUUGCUACUUCGCCUAUGGGUCCGCUGUUCCCUACCCGCGAUCACAGAAACCCGAUGGAGGUAUUGGUGCCCAAACUCAUGGCUGCAACUGAGAAAUUCGACAUGGUCCCUAAGCGUGACCACAAGGGUGCCGAGCCCAGCUUAUGCACAAAGGAAGACGACAAACUCUCCGGAGAAGCAACAACACCCUACUUCCUCAAAGCCGAUGCUGGACCCAGAUAUGCCGCAGGCGGUCUGCUGGUAAAACCUCUGUGCCAAAAGGCAGACUCGAAUGGCAAAUUCAGCAUUGCAAGAAUCGAGGGCUCAGAGACAAUCAAGGCACAGUACUUGGCUUACAACACCCUCAACUUCAAGACAUCGCACCACUGCUUCUUGGUCGACAUGGGAUCGUUCCGCUUGACUGUGAACAACCAGACUUCCACAAUCAGUGCUGGCGAGACCAUUUUCGUGCCUGCUGGUCAGGAGUUCACUCUGGAGGUCGCAAGCAGAUACUCUGCACUCUACGUCUUCACCAACGGAGGUGGUCUGGUUGAGUUCUUGGUUGGUAUGGGCAAGGAGUACCAGAGCCAGAUCAUUGCCGAAGAAUUCCCCACCGAUGUUGCAGAGGUGGACGGCCUGGCCGAGAAGGUCGGUGUAAAGAUUGGAGAGACUCUUUGA